UUGAAAUAAUCUUGAAAUAGAAUACUCACACAGCAUUCACGUGACCAAAGUCGAUAACAUUGGCACGUUCAUAAAGUCUUUAUCAGCUCAAUCAUGUCGUCAAUACAAAAUAAAACUAAACACUUAAGCAACACGGAAUUUAAUGUUAUAUAGUUUCGUAAUUCACCAAACUACUUGUAAAAUCUGAAGUGUAAACGGAAUAGAUGAUAAACAUUGUUAAGUAUUUACAUUUACUUCCGUGAUACGAACAAGAAACGAGCAUAAACAUAUACUAGUAUAUAUAGCAGUUCUCCUUGUUCUCUUACUCAUACGCAUGUUUACAUUACAAGGAAUGCAAACUUAAACGAAGUGGGUGAAAGUUAAGUUGAACAAAAAUGCUUUGUAGUUUGUAUGAUAUACAUUAAACAAAUGUUAAAGUGUUCAAUAACUUGAAAAAUGGUAAAGAAUCAGUUUGAGGAUACUCCAUUUUGGAAGCGUAUUCACCAAACUAAAAUUGCAGAUUGGUUUAGGGCUAAUGUGAUCUUAGAUGUAGCGAAGAAUGGCUGCGUUUCAUAUAUAGAAACAAAACUGAGUAGGUUACACGAGCAUAUCUUACGGGCGGUUUCAGACAAAGGUAUUAAGUGCUAUGAAUGUUCCACCAGAAAUAUCGUUCCAUGCCCAUCCGUCGGUAUAUGUUCUUCAUGGAACCCUCCUAACACGUGCUCCUAUCAUAACUCGUAUGUGGAGCGAUACCGGAAAUGUCCAAACGGAAUUUGUGACAAGUUUCGCCUUGAAAUAGAGAAAUUACAUACACAACAGGCGCCAUCUUGGCAGAAUACGUCUGCCGAAAAUUGGUGCAAGGAUCCUUGGGAGGUUGCAAAAUGUUUCAUUGGACCGGAUGGCUAUGGUCAUAUCCGGUCUUCAGACGAGACCGACUUCCGCGGAUUACUCAACAUAUUGAUUUACUGUAAACCAUGUCGGACGGACUUAAGCGCAGUAGAAUCUUUAAGUGGAUAUCUUCUGUCUCAGAUACGAGAGCUUGAAUGGAAAGUUAGAAGACCUGCACUUUUGGAAAUGGAUGAAAGCGACUUCAAAGCGUUGUUUAUCAAUAUGGAGAAGUUUUUGCAGCAAAUGGUAAAGUUACGCAGCUUUGACGAUUCGACUGCAGUUGACGCCAUUGGACAUUUGCAAAUGAUCCAAGAUGACUGCUAUGUUCCGUCCGCUAUGGAAGAAAAUUUGCUACUAAUGAAGGCAUUUAUGAUCAUUAAUGUUCACUUGGCCACAUGUGGUAUACCAUUGCCAAGUCAGGACAUAGACGAUGAAUUUGGCGUCCAGAAGGAGCCGAGAGGCUUGCUUCUCAGCUUGCGGACGGCGGUAGAAAAGGAACAACAACAGCUCCUCCAAGAUUACGAUGAAGAUGAUGGUGUUUGUGAUGAAAUACAGGUGGUCACGAAUGUUCAAAUCACGCUGAAUGACAUCGUUUCCGCAUGUUUGCCACAAGAAUUGAAUGAUUGGAAAAACAUGUGCGUUUUAGAACGCAUCGUUUUAACCGGCGACAAUUUACCAGUAUUUGCAUUUACAAACGCAUGUCUUCAAGGUUUAUUCGAUCGCAGUAAAGAAUGCAUGGACAAAUUGAAUAUCACGAUUCAGAUGGAAGACUGUACAUAUGAUGUUUUGUUUAACGAUGAGGUUUACAUCUACGCUUCAAAGACUGUCAAUCUGACAGAAUUGCUACUACACGAGUCCAUCGAAACAGGUUCAUUCAAAGUGGAAUCAUUUGAUGAUUUAGAAACAAAUAUGUCUACUUUGUUUCGUCCGAUGGUAUUGAUAACCGAAGCAAUGGACGUGGAACUUUUGAAUCACCUCAAAAGUAACUGUAACAUGAAAGCGCCGAACUUUGGCAUGGUAUUCAUCAAGGACGAACAUGGCUAUCCGCCCAGGCUACUCGAAGAGCUCGGUGUUUUGUAUGCAACAUUUCGAGAUGGCAGUAUUCUAAAUACUGUGGACGAGUUACUGGAGCGUAUUUUGUUCAGAAUACUUCGACCAUUGACCGAUCAGCUUAUGCAUUUAAAUCAAGAUUGUGAAAACGAACUGUUGCUUGAUCUACAAGAUGAUGUAAAGGCAGCAUAUGGUAGAAGUCAAAUACCAAUGAUGGAGCAACCUACUUUCUCAGUUCAUGAUGAUGACCACAGCAACGAUGGAUUCAAUAAAGCAAUUGGUAAAGUAUUACAGAUCCCUGCUGUGUUUGGAUGCGGUUGUAAGCAUGGAAAAAUGGUUAUCUACUUUAACGAGUCCAGUAAAGCAGAAUAUCUGAAUGUCUAUCGUACAGCGUUAAAAGAAUUGUUACAAAAGCAAAACAUUUUUAAUUACUCCAUCGAAUUCAUUUCUAUACAUCAUUAUGCAAACAUUCGCUGCGGAGACCAGAUAUUUGAAAACUGCUAUGGAACUCUUGGGUGUUUCGCUGAAAAAUAUUCCAAAGUUGUAAGUUUGCAUAAAAAAGAAUCCAGCCAGCAGGAAGCAACUAGUGAUAUUAGUGACAGCGACCUUGAGGAAGUAAACAGUCCACAUGGCGAAUUGAAAAUAGGUGCAUCGUUUCAGAUGCUUUCCUUGACCGAAAAUACAAUUUAUGAACGGGAACAGGUAAAAACAACAAAUACGAGUAUGGAAGAAUUUAGCACUUUGGUUGCGUUGAUAUCGAAACACGUAGUAAGUGCACACGGUCUGCAUAGAGUGCCAUUGCGUGUCAGUGGGCGAUUAAUAGGUUAUGUUGACCACAUUCAUAACAAAAUGUGUGAUAUUGUUGCAGCGGACAUUUAUGAGAAAUUCAAAGACAUAUGUGAUACAAGAUUAAGAGACAGCAGAGAUAGGCCCUUGCCAGCGGUGCUAUCGGUUGAGAGAGAAAUACAUGCAUUUAAAGGACUACCCGUGCAUAUCUGGGGCGCUGUUUCUUCUCCAGGACUUGGAACUCUAAGUGAAGUUCAUAUCGAAAGUUCGGAUGGAAAAUUCAUUGUGAUAACAGAUAGGUUUUCUGCAAUACGGUUUUGCAAAGAAGGAGACAGUGGGGCUAUUGUUUGCGCAAAUGACCGAACUGGACGAUUUGUUCAUGCUUUAGGAAUGAUCGUCGGUGAAAGGAUGAUAAAAGGAGGAACGUCUCGCAAAUCAUAUCUGGCAUUACAACUUCAUGCUGGUUUAGAAACACUGUCUACUAUUCAUGGUUCCGAAUUUCGGCUUGUUAACCAUAGUAAAUAAGAUACAUUUUCUACGCAAGGAAAACGCCUGUACCAAAAUAAAAAAAUGUUUGUUAUUUUAAAAGCAAAUGACAAAUAGAGCGUAUGUGCUGUGGUCUUUAACGCGAGUCAUUUAGAACUGAAUUCGGAAACCAUUUCCUGGUUUGGAAACCAUUCAACUAGACCAGAAAAAUGCUUUGCUUCUUGUCGUGUUUUAACAGUUUGAUUAGCAUGAAAUUGAAUAUUCCUAUCUCUGACUUUUUAACAGCCAUCCACAUUUUACUGUUUUAACCGCAUUUAAUUUGCAGAAUAAAAUAUGCCCUCAUUA